AUGUCGUUUGGCCUUGGCAUGAUCAUUUAUUUAAUUGGUAGUUUAUCAUGUGUAUCAAAUCUUGAACAAUUCAAUGUUGAUCGUUCAUUACAGCUAUCAAGAAUAACAGAAUCUUUUAAAGAUGAUGAUUGGCUUACAUCAAUAAUUUCUUAUUAUUUACUUAAACUAAUUCGUUUUAAAUUUUAUUUACGUACUAUCCAAUGGAAAACAACUAAUGAAUCUAAGACAAAAAAGUUGAUUAAUCAAUUGAAAGGAAGUUUUCAGAACGCACAUAGUGAUUCGUAUCAAGCUCGAUUAAUUAUCGACUGUUCAUAG